GCGCGCACGCACUUACGCCAACAUCAGCAGUAGUAGUAAUAGUGGUAUUCGCAGUAGUAUUUUGUGUGAUAGUGUUUUUGGGGCCGUGAAUAAAUAGGUAUAGAGUAGUGGUCAACUUUAGCCGGGGUCCAAAUUCCGAAGUCUGCGCCAAGUGUGUUUCUAAUAUUUUAACAUUUUAUUAAAUUAGGCACUCACUCCUUGGUCUUGGCUGUAGGGUUGUGCCGUAUUCGACUGUUCACGCCAUGUAUGCGUACCCCAAUAAUAUUAAUAGUUCGCUAUGCCAGUGCCAUUUGGCUUAACCCGUCCAAUACUCCCAACAGUCGAUCGUGACAAAUCUUGUUUUGAGUUGUUUUUAAAAAAUAACGUAUGAACAUGAGAACAAUAAAUAUUAUUAAUACUGCUUGUCAUACGACCGAUGUUGAAAACUGAGUCUUGCCACAUUUGGCCGGUGUUAGGCAAGUGCCAUGGUUGCCUGCACGGUAUCUUUCCUAAUAUGGACAGUAUCAUUACAAUGGACCUUAGCUCAAGAUUAUUCUUCUCAAUGGGCAGCUCACAUUCAAGGUGGAUUCGAAAUAGCCAAAAGAACAACGGAAAAACAUGGAUUCAUAAUACUAGGAGAGAUUUUUCCAGAUUAUUAUCAUCUAGAACACAAACAUGUAUCAAAACGAUCAGUUAACCCAGGUCUUGAACAUCAUAAAAAAUUAAUAUCUGAAGAAAAUGUGAAAUGGGCACAACAACAAAAAAUAUUGAAUCGAUCAAAGAGAGAUUACAUAACUUAUGCUAGAAAUAGCAGAAGUUCUAAAAGAUUUGUCAAUAAAGGUGGAUUAAAUGAUCCAAAAUGGCCAAAAAUGUGGUAUCUGAAUCGAGGUAGAGAUAUGGAUAUGAAUGUUCAAGGUGCUUGGGAAGAAGGAAUUACAGGAAAAGGUUCAGUUGUCACAAUAUUAGAUGAUGGUUUAGAAAAAGAUCAUCCAGAUUUAAUUAAAAAUUACGAUCCUUCAGCUAGUUAUGAUAUGAACAAUAGAGAUGAAGAUCCAAUGCCUAGAUACGAUCAAAUGGACACAAACCGUCACGGUACUAGAUGUGCAGGAGAAGUAGCAGCAUCUGCCAAUAAUUCUCUGUGCUCAGUUGGUAUUGCCUUUGGAGCAAGUAUAGGUGGUGUUCGAAUGUUAGACGGGGAUGUUACUGAUGCAGUUGAAGCUCGGUCUCUUAGUUUAAAUCCUCAGCAUAUUCAUAUAUAUAGUGCGUCAUGGGGUCCAGAUGAUGAUGGAAAAACUGUAGAUGGACCUGGUGAAUUAGCUACUCGUGCUUUUCUUGAGGGUAUAUCUAAAGGUCGUGGUGGUAAAGGAUCAAUAUUUAUAUGGGCAUCUGGAAAUGGUGGCCGUGAACAUGAUAAUUGUAACUGUGAUGGAUAUACAAAUGCUAUUUGGACAUUAAGUAUAAGUAGUGCUACACAAAAUGGUCAUGUUCCUUGGUAUUCAGAAGCUUGUAGUUCAACUUUGGCUACUACGUACAGCAGUGGAAGUAAUUAUGAAAGUCAGAUUAUUACUACAGAUCUUCAUCAUGAAUGUACUAGUAAUCAUACUGGUACAUCAGCAUCAGCACCACUAGCAGCCGGAAUAGUAGCAUUAACAUUAGAAGCUAACAAUAAACUAACCUGGAGAGACAUGCAACAUAUUGUUGUAUUAACAGCGAGACCAACUCAUUUAUUAGCUACUGAUUGGGUUAUUAAUGGUGUUGGUCGAAAAGUGAGUCAUUCUUUUGGGUUUGGCUUAAUGGAUGCUACUGAAAUGGUAAGAUUAGCUCGUAGAUGGAAAACUGUCCCAGCUCAACAUAUUUGUAAUGUUACUGCUCAAGUUUUUGAAAAACUAGUGCCUGCACGUAGUUCAGUUACAAUUCAACUUUUAGUAAAAGAAUGCAAUAGUGUUAAUUUUUUAGAACAUGUUCAAGCUAAAAUAUCAUUAUCAGCGAGUCGACGUGGUGAUAUCAAAAUUGACUUGACCUCUCCAAGCGGUACUAAAUCAACACUUCUUGCUCCAAGAACUCAAGAUAAUUCACAUACGGGAUUUAAUGUUUGGCCAUUUAUGACUGUACAUAUGUGGGGAGAACGGCCUUUUGGUAUAUGGCAAUUGACUAUUCACAAUGAGGGUAAACUAUUAGGUCGAUCUUCUUUACACGAGUGGUGUUUGAUAUUAUAUGGUACUAAAUAUUCUCCAAGGAUAUUAUCUCCUCCUAUUUAUCCUUUAGAACAUUCUCUCAAAUCUAAUACACGUAAAAAUUCUAAAAAUUCAAAAAAAAAAUCAAAAAAAGGUAAAGUCAAAAAACAGUCUACCACUCCAGUUAGUACCUCUAGAAAACAAAGCGUUUCCAGUUAUAAGCCAAAUGUUCAUUUUGUCUUAUUUCCUAACAAAAAUUCCUCUAAAAUAUCUCCCACUCUAACAGACAACAUCCAAACAUACCCCAGCAGCCAUAGACUCUACAGUUUACAAAAUGUGGAUGGCAGGCCGGCAAAAAAAAAUUUGUCUCCUGAAAGAAAUAUAUCGCCUACAACUACAGCUGCUAAUAUCACUGACUGGGAGAUGGUUUUUUAUGGAACUAUUUUACCUCCAGAACAAUCACAUUCGUUUCCAACACUAGUGAGUAUUAAACAAAACCAAACAUCAGGAAAAUCAUCAAAGAGUGGAAUCAAUUCUGGAGAAUGUCGUGUGACCACCACUAAAUGUUUAGAAUGUUCAUAUGGAUUUAACAUAUACAAUGGGGAAUGUACAGCUAAUUGUCCAAUUAGAACAUAUAAAGAAAGAGAUGGUAUUUGUUCAGAUUGUCAUUAUACAUGUUAUCAAUGUAAUGGACCAAAUGAUUAUCAGUGUACAUCUUGUUGGGGAGAUGCAGAUUUAACUCAAACUUUGGGUCAAACCUUUUGUUACUCAAAAAAUAUCAAGAGAUUACUUGAUGAUAAGACAUGGCAUACUUUAACGGUAGUUUUACUGAUUAUUAAUAUAUUUUUAUUACUUAUAUUUUGUAAUGGUGGGUUUUGGACUAAAAAUAAUAUUAGUUUAAACAAAGGAAAUUACAGACUAGCUAAUCAAACCGAAAAUGAUUGUUGUUGAAAACAUUUUAUGACAUUGUUCCAUAUGUGUUAAACUUACUUAACUUAAUUUUAUCUUGAUUAAAAAAAAAAGUAAGGAAAAUAAUUUAACUAUGACUAAGAUAAUUAUUGUUC